AUGGCGCCCAUCGCAACGUCCGAUGCCACGGCAAACGCUCCGUCAACAGAAUUUGCCGCGCUCGCACCUCUUGAGGCUAUAUCUUGCGGGCCAACACUUCCCGGCAUCCCCUCGUUCUAUAUACUUGAAGAGAAAAGGCAAUGGAUGUACGGAGUGCACUUUGGUAUGCUCAAGGCAUCCGAUAUGAUCCUGGUCAAUUACCACAAUGGCAAAAUCGUUGGAGGCAACAGAAGCAGACCUGUCAACGCUGCCGGCGUUUUGAUACACGCUGCAAUUCACAAAGCCCGACCAGACGUACAUGCGAUCUGCCAUGCACAUUCAAUCCAUGGUGUUUCCUAUUCGACUUUUGCCAAGCCUCUGGAGAUGCUAAACCAAGAUGUAUGCAACAUUUUCGGUGUGCAAGGGGUAUACUCCCAAUAUGGCGGUAUCGUCUUUGGUGAAGGGGAGGGGCUCAAACUGGCCCACGCCCUCGGACCGAAAGGAAAAGGGUUGAUACUGAUGAAUCAUGGCCUUCUGACUGUAGGAAAAACUUGUGAUGAGGCUGGGUAUCUGUUCAGACUUAUGGAGAAGAGCUGUAAGAUUCAAUUAGAAGUUGAUGCGGCUGCGGUCAACGGCCUGAAAAAGCACAUUAUUUCGGAUGAGGAGGCAGCUUAUAACUUCAAGAUGGCUAGCGAAUCGGAGAUCUUAUAUUGCGAGUUCCAGCCUGAAUUGGAAUACGAAGAGUUCCUCAGUGGGCCCGGUUUCAGGACUUGA